AUGGUAAAUGUCUGUCCCGCGGGAAGUGUUGUCACAUUUGAGUUGAUUACUGGCUAUACAUUUCGGGGACCGUCGGAUACGGUGGCAAAAAUACCCGGAAUAUUACAUCUCCAGGAAUGCCUCAACUCGUGUCUAACGGACGACACGUGCAAAUCAUUUAACUUUGAGACCGGAUUAUGUGUUUUGUUGAGGACUUCAGCCAACGAAAGACCCGAAGCGUUGGUUUCUUCUCAGUUUCCAGUCUUCACUAUUUAUGGUCAAAAAGUCUGUUUAAAAGACAAGAAUAAGUCCUGUACUCAGGGCUGGGCUUUCGAAAGAGUCAAUGGUUUUGAAUUGAAAAGAAUGGGCAAAAAGAGUGUUAAAGUGAUGUCAAGACUCGAUUGCAUGCAAUUGUGUCUCAAUGAGCGAGACUUUGAGUGCCGAUCAGUUAAUUAUGACACCGAUAGCCACGAGUGUUCCCUCUCUGAUAUGGAUAGACAUACCAUUAAUGUGAACGAAGAUCUAAAGAAACGAACCUAUGGUCCGACCAAUACUAAUAUCGAUUAUAUUGAAAAUAAUUGCAUUCAAGAGCCAAAAAAGUUUUGCGAAUUUCUUCCGGUAAAUGGAAAGAGACUGAAAACUGUUGACUCAAUCUAUGAAGCGAUUGAUUCAAUCAAAGACUGCAAAGACAAGUGUCUUAACAGUCAAUUCCGUUGCCAUUCAUUUGAUUUCAGUGACAAUAUCUGCCGAUUAAGUCAUUUGGACAGGAAUUCAUUGACACAUAUCGAGAGUCCGUAUCUCAAUGCGAUCGGCGCUACAACCUAUGAACUUCUUUUAUGUUAUAAUGUAACAAUAAGCUGUCGAUCGCGAGAAAUGGUGACCAAAGUGCGGACGAGUCGGCUCUUCAAUGGGAAAAUAUAUGCCAAAAACAGACCAAACAAUUGUGUUAAUGAUAUAACCAAUAGUUUAGAUAACGAUGAAUGCGAUGUCAAACAGUCAAAUCCCGGACAUUUCACUAAUGAUAUUGUUAUACAACACCACGAUAUGGUCGUUACGACCAAAGAUCUGGCACUUGGAGUCUAUUGCAAAUUUAAUCUCUAUAAUGAUAGCAUAUCUAUACUCGAUUUGACUAUUGAUGGUCGUUUGGGUUACAAUAUAUGA